UUCAUUUUACUGACAUUGGUGUAAUCGUAGUGGAAAGUUUCAAGGAGUUUAAAGUAUUAAACAUUUUUUACACAGACGUACAACUUCCAGCUAAAACGGAUUCGUCCUUUCAACGGAUUUUUAGUUUACGCCCUGAGAGAAUGGCAGUGACAGUUUCCAGUGAUUUGUCUGUCACAGUAAGUGCAGAUCAGAAUGUGGAAAAAUUAAUAGACAAACGGGAGGCACUGAAAGAGAGCUUAAAGAAAGGGGAGUCCAAGGCAGUUGGGGUCUCCCAGGUGAUGCUGGGAUUUCUCAUCAUCUCCUACUCUGUGCCACUGCUCUCGGCUGACUUUACAGAGGUGCUCAUGUUUGGCGUACCAUGGUGGAGUGGCUUAAUAUUUGUCAUUGCAGGAGCUUUUACUUUAGUAAUGGAAAAAUGUAACACCAUAGAAAUGGUCUUUGCAUCCUUGGUGGUCACAGUGCUGGCUACAGUCAUCUCAGUCAUUGCACUGAUCAUCUACAUCAUUGACAUGAUGAAUAACCCCGAAACAAAAUGCAAGCUGGACUCAACCCAGACAUGUGACCAUAGGCAUUAUGCCACUAUGUUCAAUCUUGGAAUUAAGUCAAUUCUCGUCUGCCUAUACACGGUGGCCACUAGCAUUUCCUCUGCUUUCUCCAUCAUUCUGUACAAAGAAAGGGAAAGAUUUAACAACUACUCGCUUGUGCUCUGAAGAUGUCUGCUGCUGGCUCCGGACUUCUAGCAACCACUCAGCUGUCAUGCACCCUAAAUCUUAAAACUCUAAAUACUAUCAUCAGAUAAUCUUAAAUAUAUUACUUGGUAUUACAGAGAGUAUACAUACUGAAGUGUAUCUUUAUUGUGUUAACAUUUGCUAAACUACAUAAAUUACAUAAACCGUACUAAAGUUAUAUAUGGCAUUGUGAAAGAGUUAAAUUUCUUCUGUAAGGAAGUUCUGGCCCUGAUAGACCUGUUCUCUUGCACAGACAGUGAGAGCAGUAUUAUAUUCGAUCUUGCAGCUGGUGACUUUUUAAACUUCCAAAAUUGUUCCUUUAGGAUUUCUCUCUCAUGACAACAGAAAUACUUUUCUGCCUAUUUAAUAGGAAACAGCCUAUAUUGUUGACAGUUAGUCUGUCAUAUAGCUAGCUGUUUUUUGAAUUCCCCAAAUUUGCAACUUUAAAUCCCUUAAUCAAUUAAUCACGUACAUGUUGCUUUUUUCUUAAAAUGUAACUAUAACAUUUACAUAACAUGUUUAAGUUGUUUUUGCAGUUUUUAGAAUAAAUAUUUACUUGAUUGGGAUGCAUACAUGCAAAAUUUGUAAGGAAAAACAUGAACAUUCAGGGCACUUAUAUUUUCAUGUUUUUUCAUAUAUUUCAAAAUGAUUGUAUACUAGAUCUUAUCUGAAUGUUUUAGAAUCUUAUCUGAAUGUUGUUUGAAGGUUGCCCUUUUGUAAAGAUUUUUCUUUUUAUAAAAAUAUGUUUGAACAAAAA